AGGAAGAAAACCCAGGUCCUCUGCCUGCGAAGUGGUUCGAGCGCUUAGGCGUGAGGCAUUAUUACAUAAAUUCAGGCUCGCUCCUGAUCCUUAGUACCCUGAGUUGCCUGAAGGGGGGAAUGGCACUGCCUGUGUGUGCAGCCCGGGCGCUCGGGCCGCCGUUGCAACCGGAGCGAGGAGCGCCCGCCCGCCCCACCUGUCCCCGCCGGCAUUCCAGAGUAGAGGCCGAAUUGGCAGCAAGCCGGCCCGGAUCAGCCGCCGCCUCAGUCCGCGCGGGCCCUCCUAGGGGUGUGUCUCGCGGAUUCAACUCCCAGGCGCUCCUGGACGAGCCCCCAAAGGCAUCUUCCUCGCUGGCGGGAGCCGCGCGCGCCCCUCUCUUCGCGCUGCUGCCCCGAGGCCGCCGCAGGCGGAUGCACGACCUCAGGAGACGCUGGGACCUGGGCUCCCUCUGCCGGGCCCUGCUCACCCGGGGCCUGGCCGCCCUGGGCCACUCGCUGAAGCACGUGCUCGGCGCAAUCUUCUCCAAGAUUUUCGGCCCCCUAGCCAGCGUCGGGAACAUGGAUGAGAAAUCCAACAAGCUGCUGCUGGCUUUGGUGAUGCUCUUCCUCUUUGCGGUGAUCGUCCUCCAAUACGUGUGCCCCGGCACAGAAUGCCAGCUCCUCCGCCUGCAGGCGUUCAGCUCCCCGAUGCCGGACCCGUACCGCUCGGAGGAUGAGAGCUCCGCCAGGUUCGUGCCCCGUUACAAUUUCAGCCGCGGCGACCUCCUGCGCAAGGUAGACUUCGACAUCAAGGGCGAUGACCUGAUCGUGUUCCUGCACAUCCAGAAGACCGGAGGCACCACUUUCGGCCGCCACCUGGUGCGCAACAUCCAGCUGGAGCAGCCGUGCGAAUGCCGCGUGGGUCAGAAGAAAUGCACUUGCCACCGGCCGGGUAAGCGGGAGACCUGGCUCUUCUCCAGGUUCUCCACGGGCUGGAGCUGCGGACUGCAUGCCGACUGGACCGAGCUCACCAGCUGCGUGCCGGCCGUAGUGGACGGCAAGCGCGACGCCCGGCUGAGACCGUCCAGGUGGAGGAUUUUUCAGAUUCUAGAUGCAGCAAGUAAGGAUAAACGGGGUUCUCCAAACACUAAUCCAGGAGCCAACUCACCAUCAUCCACAAAGGCCCGGAACACAUCUAAGAAUGGGAAGAACUUCCAUUACAUCACCAUCCUGCGCGACCCAGUGUCCCGGUACCUGAGUGAGUGGAGGCACGUCCAGAGGGGGGCCACGUGGAAAGCGUCUCUGCAUGUGUGCGAUGGAACCCCGACCUCCGAAGAGCUGCCCAGCUGCUACACUGGAGAUGACUGGUCGGGCUGCCCCCUGAAAGAAUUCAUGGACUGUCCCUACAACCUCGCCAACAACCGCCAGGUGCGCAUGCUCUCCGACCUGACCCUCGUCGGCUGCUACAACCUCUCGGUCAUGCCCGAGAAGCAGAGGAACAAGGUCCUGCUGGAAAGCGCCAAGUCCAACCUGAAGCACAUGGCCUUCUUCGGCCUGACCGAGUUUCAGCGGAAGACCCAGUAUCUGUUUGAGAAAACCUUCAACAUGAACUUCAUCUCGCCCUUUACCCAGUACAACACCACGCGGGCCUCGAGCGUAGAGAUCAACGAGGACCUCCAGAAGCGUAUCGAGGGGCUGAAUUUUCUGGACAUGGAGUUGUACAGCUAUGCGAAAGAUCUCUUGCAGAGGUAUCAGUUUAUGAGGCAGAAGGAGCAUCAGGAAGCUAGACGGAAGCGGCAGGAACAACGUAAAUUUCUCAAGGGAAGGUUCCUCCAGACCCAUUUCCAGAGCCAGAGUCAGGGCCAGCGUCAGAAUCCGAGUCAGAACCCCACCCCGAAUGCCGGUCAGAAUGGGACUCCGAAUCUGAUUCCGAAUCUGACUCAGAGUUCGGGUCAGAAUUUGAGCCGGAAGGAGAACCGGGAAAGCCGGAAGCAGAACCCAGGCCAAGAGCAGGGUGAGGACAACACCAGCAAUGGCACCAAUGACUACAUAGGCAGUGUAGAGAAGUGGCGUUAAGUGGCCCCCCCCAAAGGCUUUUGCACACUGCUCCCCAAGCGCCAGCCAAAAUGUGGCAAAUCGUCAAACAUGAGCGUGUCCAAACACAUCCUGCUUCCUUAGGUUUGGAAGUGAAAAAAAAAAGUUAAGAUGUUGCCUUUACAGUUGCCUUUCAAUUGAAUGUUCUACUGUGCGUGGGUAAAACAAAUUUCACUAUGUAAUUAAAUGGUCUUGGGGGAGGGGGUUGCUGGAGUAUUUAGAAAAUCCCAAAGCCAAACCAGACUCACCAGAAAUUGCUGUUUAGAUAUUUUAAGAAGUUCUUAAAUUAGUCAUAGAGACAAAAUGAAAACACAAAAAGUGGCCAUCUAACUUAUGGCCAAGAAGUGGACUUUAUUUAGGAUACACUGUUAAAAUCCAGUCUUGGAAGCAAAGAUUUUUUUUCUAGGGGUAAGCAUGAAUGUAACAUACAAGAAACUCAGAUUAAAACACGAAAUUCCUCCUUGUCUUCUGAUUUUAACGAGGAAUCUAUUUAAAUAGAAUAAGAACUGAUGGUAGGUUUUUACCAAACCAUGGCAAAUGAAAAACAUCUCUCCAAACGUGGGUAGUUUUAUGUAAAAAUAUUGGCUUUCCAGUACAACAGGACUCAUAUCUUGUUAUUUAAGAGAUAUUUAAAAUUUUAAACUUUUUCUACCUUCUACUCUUUAAAGGUUUUAAACAGGGUGUCUCUCAUAUUAAACAAAACACUUUUUCCUCCAGUUGGACGGAGGACCGAUGUAAAGAAAGAUCUAAUUUCCAGACGAUUUCUGGGCACUGUAAUCUCAACAUUUCUAGAAUCUUUUUGGCGCUGCUUAUCAUUCAUUUUAAAGCUUCUCCGAGUUGUGCUCAUUCCAAACUAACCUGUUUUUAGAAUCUUUCUUCAUCAUCUAAAUGGUGUGUUGCUGAAUUUAUUGUGAUAUACAAUCCUGGCUUCAAGUCAGGACUUUCUAUAGAAUUGUCUUAUCACUGUUUGUGUAGUGAGGUCCUUAUCAAGAAACCCUUGAACAGGAUAAUAACGUGUCUAAAAAUCUUGCUGAAGUUAUUCUUGAUCAGUUAGAAUUGAACCUGAAUGUGAAUGAAUUGUUAUUUCCUUUGUGUACAUUUUUAUUGUACCGUUUCCAGUUGGGCUGGCACUUUCUAGCCCGAUAGUUCUUUUUCGUGUCGACAGAGUGUAAACAAUUACAAGAGAAAAAAAAAGGGGGGGUGGAAUAAGCCUUAGGCUAGCCAGAGUGAUUCAGUGAUUCCACUCAAAGCUGUACCCCGGUACUUUGGGUGAACCAUGUAUCAGGUUUUGAGAAAGAACAAAAGGAAAGAGGGUCCUGAAGUGAAGUUAAGCAUCAUUGGAAGCAUAUGGGUUAAAGAAAGUGAUUUGUUAUUGAAAGCCUGUGCGGAAGUUCUUUUAGGGUAUCUAUUGUGAAUUCUGCGGGGCAAAAGAUGGAAUGUAACCCACUGUGCUAGCAAGCAUCCUGAUUCUGGGCAGUCUCCAUUUUAUGGGUUUUGCUCUCCUUUCUUAAGGAUUUAACAGUAAGCCCCUGGCUGUCAAUCAAAUAAGGCAACUGGAAAUGGCAUUUAUGUUUUCACGAGGGACAGGCUUAGAAGUGUGACCGUAAAGUCCCAUCUUGUACAAUCUGCUCAUUUGCAUGAUCUAGUUUCCUCUGUAAUGAUAACGCCACAAGCUGGAUAAGAAGCUGAGCAUUUGGGUUAAAAAAUAAAUGUUCUUGACUCUGUGCUUGUAUCAAAAGUCUAAAUUUUGUCUAAUGGUAUCUGCAGUCCUGAGACUCUGAGAACUGGAAAACUGAAGGGAAAAAGAAAAUUGUUUUUAAUCCCAAACACCUUGAAAUCAGAGUGAAACUAUUUUGUGUACUUUGUGUUUUUAAAAUAAUGAUUCUGUAGAUCACUGUGGUAUUUCGAUUUUGUUUAGUUUUAAUUGAUAAUGUUUGCUCUUAAAACUGUUGGAAAGCAGGAUGAAGCCCGAGCCAGUGGAAAAGCUUGUUACAGAAAAAAUAUCGUGUGUUAUUUGCUGUGGUGUGCAUGGUUUGCAGAGAUUAAGUGCAUUUUCUCUGUCUAUACUGAUUUAUUGUAUAUAGGGGAUAUUAUAAAUAUACAUUUUGAUCAUCCUGUAAAUCCCAUGAUUUCAACUGUAAACAUCUGUCCAAUGGUGUAGCUUUACCAGCUAUUCACUGAUUUUGUGUAAUUUAACAAUAGAUAUGAAAUAAAGUUUAAAUUCCA